UAGCAGCGUUCGGGUCACUCGUGUCCACAAGCCCUGCUAGUAAGAAGCCCCGGAGGGUUUGGGAGUGCACACCUGGGCAGCCUCUCGCGACUGCCACACUUGAGGCCCUUCGCACACCGCAUCUCCUCCAUCCCUCCUCACCACCACUACUCCUCCACCACACUCGUUUGUCCUCCUCCCUCUCCCUCCCCCCGCAUCGCAGCGCAAAGCAAUGACUCUGCCGGUCGCUUCAUGGGAUCCCGCGCUGGCCCCAGGUUGCUGAAGACGUGCCUCACCUGGUUCAGAGGCGGCACCCUCCUCUUUCGCCUGCUCAGCCUCCCCUGCGCGCUGCUGGCCCUGCAUCUCGAGCUCCACGGCACCUCGACCGCCACCACUGCCCUCCUCCUCGGUCGCCUGCGACGCCGUCUGCGCCUGCACCGUCUCCUCGUCCGCAUGUUCAAGAGGAAGAAUCAUGAAGAAGACGGCGCUGUUGUGAACACGCUCUUUUUCCUGGGCGGCGCAGACGUCAUGGACCGCCCGCUGCGCCCACCGAAUCAGGAACCCCUGCAGCAGCCUGGACCUGGACAAGGCCGGACGCGGCCAUCCCUGCACAAAGACGCGGCCGCCAGACCAUCUUGCAAAUCAGGGGCCGGCAUUCCCUCUCCAACUAUAGCCCUCACACCGCCGCCUCCAGACUCUCACCACCCACACCCACCCCAAUUCCCUCCCCAUCCGCGCGACGCUCCAUUACUGACCUCAGCGCCCGACCCUUCGGCGGCCGCCGCAACCACCCUCCCUUCCCGUCCGCCUGCCUCCGUCUCUGCCGCUACUGCUGUGGCAAUGCCUUCUCACACUCGCUCAGCGUCGCAUGUCGACGUCGUUAAGCAGGGCAAGCGCCUGUCCCUGCAGUUCCCCAUCCAACCUGCUGCCGGCAGCAAUUCUCCUGCUCCCUCUCCCCGAUCCCGCCCUCAGUCUUGGAUAGUCAGUCCUUCGCCUGUCCCUUCCCCCGAAGUCCUCCCCUCGCCCACCGAAACCAACUUCCUCGCCACCCUGGCCGCCCAGGAACGCUAUGUGCUCGAGCUCAGAGAAGAGCUGGCCAAGGCCGAAGAGGACCUCAAGCAGGUCAAGAAAUACUGGGCCACGCACCAGACCAUCAGGCAGCGCAAUGAGCUUCGCAGCCUCACCCAACUCCAGCCUCUCCGCAAUGAUCUCGCCGGCAUCCGUCCGGAUCAGGAGGAUGAAGAUGGCUCGACCCUCUGGAUGCAGAAGGAGAUGGAACGCCGGAAAUCCCUCCUCAAUGGCACAAGGACCUCGACGCGCAAGGUCUUUAGCGGUUCCCGUCAUCUUCGCACGCUGUCGUUGCUCUCCCCAGACAAAACCCAUGCACCUUCAUUCCCCCAGCCACCCGAUAUUCGCGAUUCUCGCGAGACAACCGACACCACCCGACCAGCUGCAACCCGGAGUUCGGCCUCUUCCGACAGACCAGCGCCGUCCUCGCAUGCUUCCAAGGAGGAGCGCUAUGAUCUGACUGGUCUGUCCGGCAUCCAACGGGACGCCCUGCUGCGCACCGGAAAGCAGAUUGCCGCCGAUUUCAAGGAUGGCCUCUUAACCUUCAUUGAAGAUAUCAGACAGGCCACCGUUGGCGAGGAAGCUGCCAACACUGCCGAACCAUCAGCCUCGACCACCGCACAGGGUCCAUCUGCAAAUGGUGCCCGAAAGUCAUCCAACAGCCGACCACCCUUGAAUAGAGCAUCGAGCUCGAAGAAGGCCGCCUCAGAGCAGUCAAAGGACAUUGGCGAAGACUUUUGGACUGCACACGGACUAAGCACCCCCGAACCCCCCAAAAACCAGCAAAAGCGGAGGACUUCGAUGAGUGGGACAAUUGGGAUACACCAAACGACCCAUCCCACGACAAGGCGGCACAAGAGUCGGACGAGUCGGAUGCGCCCUCGUCGCCAGUCUCCGGCCAGACCAGUUCCAGAACCAGCACCAGCUCGGUCGGCCUUGUGGAAGAUGCUGCUCUUCGAGACGGUAAGCGCAACUCCAUUCCGUGGCCGGACCUGGUCAAGCUGUCGCCCUCCAAUCUGAAGCGCACGGCGUCGCACCUCAUGAAGGAGUGGGAGAAGAAUCUGACGCCGCCUCCCGAGUCGCGCGACGCCAGCCACGCCAGCGGGGAUUACAUUGGGCGAUCCGCCUCGCCGGCACAGCUGCCUUGAUGACUUUUAUGAGAUUUUGAACGUUUGCUCUGCUGGCUAUAUAACUGUGUACCGCCUUAUGAUACCACGAUAUAGACUAGACGUCUAGAUGACCGCGAUUGUGUGAUUUGGGGAUUUGUAUAAGAGGCGGUUUGGUGCUAAUCCUAAUGUUGCUGGAUAUUAGGAUGGCUUUCCCUUCGAAUCGUUUCUACUGGUGUAUGUAGGAUGGUGAAAAUAUUCAGACGUUGUCAUACUCCUAAAGGAUG